CCCCCAACCUCUCGCAGAGGCAGAGGCAGAGCAGACCCACCGGCUGCAAGGCUGGACCACCGGCCACGAGGCCACGCGUCAGGGAAACACCCUCUCCCUCUCCGAACGAAAAUGGAGGUGGUCGUCUCGUCGUCCACCUUUGCCGGGCCCGUCCUUAAUGACGCGCGGUAAUCUAUCGCCCGAGCUGAGCUUCUACAGUCACCGGAGGUCCGGGGAGCACUGUGAAGCGUCACAUGGGAUGGGCUUGUACGUACGCUAGCUGCACAUUUAUUACGGCAGUGGGCAGGUCGCCCAUCCCCAUCGCGGCCGCCGUCUCCCCCUUCUCGCCUCCAGCUCCAGCUCCAGCCAGAUAUUUUCGUCCGCUCAGUUCAGUUCACCACUGCCGGUGGCCGCCAGUGCCCGGAUCGCCGAUCGACACAUGGACGCGGCCAUAUCCGCCGCCCACGAAGCGCCGCCCGCUGUCGUCCUCGUCUCCGCCGGCGCCAGCCACUCCGUCGCCCUCCUCGCGGGCAAUGUGCUGUGCACGUGGGGCAGGGGAGAGGACGGGCAGCUCGGCCACGGGGACGCCGAGGACCGGCUCGUGCCGACGGUGAUCACCGGCUUCGAGGCGCCGGGGAUCACGUCCGUCAUCUGCGGGGCGGACCACACCACCGCCUACUCCGAGGACGAGCACCAGGUCUACAGCUGGGGGUGGGGGGAUUUCGGGAGGCUGGGGCAUGGCAACUCCACCGACGUGUUCACGCCCCAGCCGGUCAAGGCGCUGCAGGGGAUAAAGAUCAAGCAGCUAGCCUGUGGGGAUAGCCACUGUCUGGCCGUCACCAUGGCCGGUGAAGUGCUCAGUUGGGGGCGUAACCAAAAUGGCCAGCUUGGCCUUGGAACUACUGAAGAUUCGCUGCUCCCACAAACGAUUCAAGCUUUUGAGGGUAUUUCUGUGAAGAUGAUUGCUGCUGGUGCCGAACAUACUGCUGCAGUAACUGAAGAUGGCGAAAUCUAUGGAUGGGGCUGGGGUCGAUAUGGAAACUUGGGUCUUGGUGAUCGGAAUGACCGAUUAGUUCCUGAAAAAGUAUCUUCAGUGGAGGGAGAGAAGAUGGUGCUUGUUGCAUGCGGAUGGCGCCAUACCAUUACUGUUUCCUCCUCCGGUAGUUUGUACACUUACGGUUGGAGUAAAUAUGGUCAGCUUGGUCAUGGCGACUUUGAAGAUCAUCUAGUUCCACAUAAAGUAGAAGCCUUAAAGGAUAGCUCUACAUCCCAGAUUUCAGGUGGAUGGAGGCACACAAUGGCACUUACAUCAGAUGGAAAACUUUAUGGAUGGGGAUGGAACAAGUUUGGGCAAGUUGGAGCUGGCGACAAUGCUGAUCACUGUUCCCCAGCACAGGUUAAUUUUCCAGAGGAACAGAAAGUUGCCCAAGUUGCUUGUGGAUGGAGGCACACUCUUGCUUUCACAGAAAAGAAAAAUGUGUUUGCAUGGGGAAGGGGUACCAGUGGACAACUCGGUCAUGGGGAAAUAGUUGACAGGAACACACCUGUGAUUAUUGAUGCCCUAAGCCCGGAUGGUCCUGGCUCCAAGAAGCUGGAAUCUUCAGCAGCUAUUCCCUUUGCUGCUAAAAUUUGGGUGUCACCCUCUGAAAGAUAUGCUCUUGUUCCUGAUGAGAAGGUUGCCAAAUCAGGCGAUGUCAGCGCACGUGGCAAUGGUGCGGAUGCGAGUGUGCCCGAGAACGAUGUAAAGAGAAUGCGCGUGUCAUCCUAGUUCGAUGACCUAUCAUCUAUGCACCUCAUUAACCCUAGCACUACUAUCAAAAAAACCUUGCGCAUUGUUCACCAGUUUCCACCUAGUGGUGUCCAGUUAAUGUGCAUUCCGUUCUGCCAAAGUACUUUCCAGAAGAGGAGCCUCCUUCUCCUGGCGUUGAGAUGAUGUAUCAGCACCUAUGGUGUAUAAUUCACCUCUUAGAGGUGGCUAGUAGAAUCAACCUGGACCUGUGUUUGGAAUGUUUCAGUAGCUGCAUCCGACACUUUGUUUGGACGGUACAAUCAAUAAGCUAUACGUUCUUAUCCCUA